AUGUCCUACGCGUAUCUGCUUCAAGAGGUGUUGAACGAGCGGGUUGACUGGCGCCUAGAGUGCUCUAGGAAGGAGGGCCUUAUCAUCCCAGCUGCUGAGUUCGAAAGGACUGAGUUUGUCAAGCAUCCUUAUCUAUGGUAUUAUUUCUUCCGAGUUAUUCUACACGAUCCCAUAACGGAGACCUUUCACAUUUCAGGAAUUCGCCCCAGCCCCCUGACACCGGAGUAUCAUUAUCAUGUUUUAACCGACUUCAAGAAAGCCCGCCUCGUGGGAAACGUUGAGAAAGAAGAUCUGGAGAACAGAAAGUUCUCUGUGGCCGAAAUAUUCCGGCCAGAUCGAAAAAGGCAGGAGGGUAAGGUCAUUGGGUUUGCAGUUCACGCUCACUGCUGGUUACUGGUAGAUCAGGUAAUUGGACAUAAUAUCGUCGAGCGAAACCUGCGGGCAUUUACAGAAUCCGUGAGAAGAUUCUGGAGAUCACAUUAUGACGGGCUAGUGAAGAACGCGCUUCCUCCACACAGUUACGACUGCUGCAUUGAAUAUAAUUUAAACAAUCUGUAUCCGACCAAGAUCGUCCGCGAGUAUAAUCCGUGGUGGACCUGGGGGGUGCACAUUCAAAGGUCGCACCGCCCAGGGAAUCCAUUUAGGAUUCCUGAAAUUCAGCAAUUGAUUGCCAAAGUAACCAAAUGUCCUAGUGGAAAGAAGGGUCUACGGCCAGGGCGUUACUUGCCGCCGAUAUCCGAUCUUCCUCUGGACAUCGCAUUGAAUAUUAUGGACUAUAUCUACGCAGAUCGGCCUCUUUGCUGGGAGAGGCUGGAUGAUGUCCGGAAUUCCCUGGAGGUUCUUCAGUGGAAACUGCCUGUAUCAUACUGGGUCCCGCGCUGCAACAGUGAUAUCUUCUUCGAGGUGGACACGCUGGUUAAAGCGGGCCAUGAAGUGGACUGGGAAGCCCUUUGUCUCGGAAUGGAGGAGCUAGUUUUAGACAGAGAAUGGUGCUGCACCAGUGGGCUCAACUAUCGAUGUCUUGUUUUGAACAUUCUGCGUGACCUUCAUGAGGAGUUGGUGCUGAAAUUGUGUCACAAUGCACACGGAUGA